AUGUCCCACUUAACUGAUCGCGAAUUUCAACUGCUUAUUGUCGGUGAUGAAGCCGACCGUUCUCUUGCCAACGCUAUUCAAUCUUCAUGUUCACAUUCAAACGUUGCCCUAAUCGGUGGUCAACCCACGGACCGUAUCCAUGCACUUAUGCGCACCGGCUUUGCCUAUCUGAACACUUCUAUCAACGAAGGAAUGUGUUUGGCCAUUCUCGAAGCCAUGGCACUUGGUCUCCCGGUCAUUGCUCGUCGAAACAUCGGUAAUAUCAGCAUUGUUAGCGAUGGCCAAACCGGAUUAUUAUACGAAACACCCGAGCAAGCGGCUGAAUGUCUGUUGCAACUGGCAAAGGAAACCAAAUUACGAGAGACCCUGAUUAAACAAGCAGCCGAUCAAGUAAAGAAAAUGCACAAUCCUAAAUCGGAAAGCACAGCAUAUCAAAAUCUUAUCCUCAGUCUAA